GGGACCCCGAGACCCCGCCCCCGCGCGCGCCCGUCCAGGCGCGGACACAGGCGCGCGGCCGCGCCCCGCCUAGCCGAGCCCGGAGCGCGGAGCGCGGGCGGCGGCGCCGAGCCCAGGCGCUGAUGGGCGAGCCCCAGAGUGUGGGAUGAGGCGGGCGCGUGCACCAUGUCAUCAUGCGUCUCUCGCCAGCCCAGCCACGAGCGAGCCGCCCCCCAGGAUGAGCUGGGAGGCGGGGGUGGCAGCCGCGACAGCCAGCGGCCCUGCGAGGCCCUGCGGGGCCUCUCGUCCCUGAGCCUCCACCUGGGCAUGGAGUCCUUCAUCGUGGUCACCGAGUGCGAGCCGGCCUGUGCGGGGGACCUCGGCCUGGCCCCAGACCGGCCCCGGGGGGCUGAUGGCUCCGAGGUGCCCCCGGACGACGCUGCCUUUGAGGCCUCCCUGGCCGUGUCGGGGCCCCGGCCGCCCUGCCCCGGCCGCCAGCUCUCUCUGCAGGAGCCCUCGCAGCUGCACGCCAACGGCCGCGGGCAGCCGGCGCUGCCCUCCUCGCCCGUGGGCUCCCCGCAGUCGUCACCGCGGCUGCCCCGGCGGCCCACGGUGGAGUCUCACCACGUGUCCAUCACCGGCCUGCAGGACUGCGUCCAGCUGAACCAGUACACGCUGAAGGAUGAAAUUGGGAAGGGCUCGUACGGCGUGGUGAAGCUGGCCUACAACGAGAAUGACAACACCUACUACGCCAUGAAGGUGCUGUCGAAAAAGAAGCUGAUCCGCCAGGCGGGCUUUCCACGUCGCCCCCCUCCCCGAGGCACCCGGCCAGCCCCGGGGGGCUGCAUCCAGCCGCGGGGACCCAUUGAGCAGGUGUAUCAGGAAAUCGCCAUUCUCAAGAAACUGGACCACCCCAACGUGGUGAAGCUGGUGGAGGUCCUGGAUGACCCCAACGAGGACCAUCUGUACAUGGUGUUCGAGCUGGUCAACCAAGGGCCUGUGAUGGAAGUGCCCACUGUCAAGCCGCUCUCGGAAGACCAGGCUCGGUUCUACUUCCAGGAUCUGAUCAAAGGCAUUGAAUACCUGCACUACCAGAAGAUCAUCCACCGGGACAUCAAGCCGUCCAACCUGCUGGUGGGGGAGGACGGGCACGUCAAGAUCGCCGACUUCGGAGUGAGCAACGAGUUCAAGGGCAGCGACGCGCUGCUGUCCAACACCGUGGGCACGCCCGCCUUCAUGGCGCCCGAGUCGCUCUCCGAGACCCGCAAGAUCUUCUCCGGGAAGGCCUUGGAUGUCUGGGCCAUGGGCGUGACGCUCUACUGCUUUGUGUUCGGCCAGUGCCCGUUCAUGGACGAGCGGAUCAUGUGCUUACACAGUAAGAUCAAGAGUCAGGCCCUGGAGUUCCCAGACCAGCCUGACAUAGCCGAGGACUUGAAGGACCUGAUCACCCGCAUGCUGGACAAGAACCCGGAGUCGAGGAUCGUGGUGCCCGAGAUCAAGCUGCACCCCUGGGUCACGAGGCACGGGGCGGAGCCGUUGCCCUCGGAGGACGAGAACUGCACGCUGGUCGAGGUGACGGAAGAGGAGGUGGAGAACUCGGUCAAACACAUUCCCAGCCUGGCGACCGUGAUCCUGGUGAAGACCAUGAUCCGCAAACGCUCCUUCGGGAACCCGUUUGAGGGCAGUCGGCGAGAGGAGCGCUCCCUGUCGGCCCCCGGCAACCUGCUGCUCAAAAAGCCGACCAGGGCGUGGGAGGCCCCGUGGGAGCCCAAGGAAGCGCAGCAGCGAAGACAGCCUCCGAGGCCCCGACCCAGCCCCCAUGGGGGAGGAGGAAGUGCUCGUGUGAAGGAGCAGCCCCCGCUGGAGAGCUGGGGGGCUGCAGCCCCGGGCUUCCCGGCAAGCAUGCCUCUGUGGCAGCCAGAUGAAGCCAUGGAGUAGCUGCCCCAGGGAGUAGCUGCCCCGAGGGAGUAGCUGCCCCAGGGAGUAGCUGCCCUGAGGGAGUAGCUGCCUGAGAGAGCAGAUGCCCUGAGGGAGCGGAUGCCUUGAGGGAGCAGCUGCCUGGGUGGAGUAGCUGCCUGAGGAAGAAGCUCCCUGCGGGAGCAGCUGCCUGGUGGAGUAGCUGCUGGGAUCGGCCCUCGCCUGCACGCCGUGCCCCUGCGUUUCCAUAGCAGCAUGUCCUACGGAAACCAAGCCCGUGUUUGGCAUCGUCUCCCGUUUGUCUUUAUUUUUUACUUCUCUGUUGUUUCGAGAGGACAGACAGAAAUGGACUUGGCUCCCCGACGGCCCUCGGCUGCUGGCUGGCUGAACGGACGGGGUGAGGGGCUCCGGGCCCACGCCCACGCGCACCUGGAGACAUUUGCUUUAUAAACAUUUUUAUGCCAAAACUCCUUCCUUGUGGACUUGGAACCGUGCCAGAUAUACCUAGGGAGUGUGUGUGGGGUUUAGGGUCGUGAGAAUGAUCCGAAAACCCAGACCAUGGAACUGACUGUUGCAUUUGAGGCAAAGAGCAGGUGUAUUGGGGGGCUAGGGGGCGGAGCUAACUCCCCUCCUCCCCCCCAAGCCUGGCCGCCCCUGGAACCCUCCCCAGUAGCCCUGGCAGCUGCAUGGGGCUUCCAGGCUCUUAAUUGAAUUUUACCUUUAAAAAAAUUAUUUAAAUGGGUAGAACUUUAUUCAGGAAAAGGAAAGGGCUUCAAACUUAAUUGCUUCACAAAAGGGAUUUUCCCAGCCCUGGAGGGGCAUUUGGAGGUUGUGAUGGGAAAGUUGCCCCCCCAGCCCCACCCCCCCACCCCAGACAGGUUUCUCCAGGUGGGUCUCUGAAGCAGUUGAGUGAACUCUCAUGAGUGUCUUAUAGAAACGGGCAACUUCAGGGUGAACGCUUCCCUCCAUGGACGUUUCCGGGCUGGGUGGGCAGACGGACCCCUGGUAGCUGAACUUGGGCCCAGCACCCCAGUUAUUUCGCGCUUCAGGAUUUAUCCCCUCGGCUCCGGGCUGGAGUUAGCCGGUGAAACCUCUGCCUGUACAUUAGCAGCUUCGCUUGUCUGUGGCCCGCGUGUGCUAGCGACGGCCGGGGCUUUAUUUCCCUCUUCGCUGAUCGUCGUAGUCCCGCGUGCACCCUGAUUCUGGAGGGCUGGGUGGGAACUGCUUUCCUCCUGCCGCUGCGCUCCGUUAGGGUCUGCACGGUAACACUGGGGACCCCCUUCCCGACAAACACUGCACGCCCCUCCCCUUCUCUAGCCAAAAGUCCAAGGACAAAGCUCUGCUCUUUUUGACUCCUACCCAAUGCUGGGAAAGUUUGGCUGCUGCCCAGGGCGACAUCCAGAGCCAUACAUGGGGUCCGGGGCACCAACUAGGGCUGGGGGUAGCCCUGGGAGACUGGUAGCCCUGCCUCCCCUGGCCGUCCCAGGAGGCCGGAGUGUAAGGAGGCGCCUAGGUUGGUCCAUCAUGGGGACGUGGUGAGGGCGGGAGAAGCAAGCCCCCAGCGGGAGGGAACGGCUUCCUCUGGCCUCAGGAGCAGGGGGUGCUGGCCCCCUCCCACAUUCUUUAACCCCCGUCCCUCCCUCCCCCACAUCACUGCCCGGGCCCCACCCCUCUGUAACAGAGGGGGCUGGGUUCGUUGGCACCAGGCACGUUUCGGUGGGGACGGUCCUGGCCCUGGUCGCCCGUGGGCUGUGGCCGGGGAGGGCUGCCCCUGCAUUUCCCAAGGCCAUGCCGGCGGCUGGGCGGGAGGAGGCCCGCAGUCAUUACCCUUUUUAAGAAAAAAAACAAAAAAAAAAACGAAAAACCAACAAAACAAGAAACACCAAAGAAAGUGGUGGGAAGGAACUACCCCCUCUGCCCCGCAGAGUCCGGGUAUGAGCGGAGACGGUGGCCGAGACGCCAGGCUCUGGCCCGAGGCUGGUCUGUCCGGAGCGGGAAGGUGGGGGCAGCUUUCCAGGCGAGCAGCCCGUUGGCCCCGGACGCUCUUCCUACUGGCUUGGAGGGGCCAGCUUGGUGCAGCCCCCUGGCGUGCCUGCAGCCUUGCCGGAAGCACAGCCCCCACCCCACUCUCCCCUUUGUCCUGGCCCCCUUUUCCCUUCCUCCCACGGGUCAGACCAUCCCCCCCUUCCCAUUCCUGUAACUUAGGGCUCCCGUCCCCGAAGCCUUUCUGGAACAAGGAGGCUAAGUCCCGGGCACCGAGACCCCAGCCCACCCUGAUGCUCCCCGCAUCUCUGCAGGGAGAGCCACGUGGGCGGUGGGGCCGGACCCACAACCUCCGCCGCUUCCAAAGGUGCUAGGGAAGCUUUCCAGGUCGCCGGCUCCGUCUCCAGCGUGCCGGGCCCGAGGGUCGUGGGAUUGGCCACUUUUCUAUUCUGUGAUUGACGCCCGACGCUUGUGUUUUAUUCCUGAUCCUUUCUACUAUGCAUUUUCCUUUUAUCAGGUGUACAAAGUUAAAUACUGUGUAUUUAUCACUUACAAGUCCAUGAACUUAAAGAGAAAAAAAAAUAAGCCUUUGGUGUUUUUCCACAAAUGUUUAAGCUUCUCUGUAAACUUGAAAUAAACAGACAGCAAAAUGGUGCAAAGACCAG